UGUAAAAGAUAAUUCAAUAUAUAUAUGUAUUUAACCGUUUAUCAUUAAUUUGAAACUAAGAAAUAAUUUAACGUUUACUGGUUUAUCUGGAAGAGCAGUCAGUCAGUACAAUAAAUCGGUUACUAGCAAAUUGUGCCAAAAAUAUAAUUGUAAAUUAGUUAACUUUGAAGUUCUUUCUGUGAAUUAAUACGAUUAAAGAUGUCUGCCCAAUCAAAUAAUAAAUCUGAGAACAUGCUGCAAAUACCUGACGACCCAUUUUGCGAUCCAAAGAGACCUGUUGCAGUCACUUUCGAAGAUAUCACUUCUGCAGCCUACAAGAUUAGAAGUGGGAUAAAAAUUACCCCAUGCGAGAGAUCACAUUUGUCGGACAUUACCGGGGUAGACCUCUGGAUGAAAAAAGACUCCCUGCAACAUACGGGCAGUUUUAAGGAGCGCGGCGCAAGAUAUGCUAUGCUUAUGCUAAACGAUCAAGAAAGAAAAAAAGGUGUAAUAGCUGCAUCCUUGGGUAAUCAUGCUCAAGCUGUCUCUUACCACGGUUACCUACUGGGUAUACCAGUAACCGUGGUCAUGCCUUUAAUAGCACCAAUCAUGAAAAUAGAAAAAUGUCGAGAAUAUUGUGCACAGGUUGUGAUCGAGGGCAAGGAUAUGAACGAAGCCAAAAAGGUUGCCUCAAGAAUCUCAAAAGAGCAAGGUCUUACAUACAUCAAUGGUUAUGAUCAUCCUCACAUUAUUGCUGGACAAGGUACAAUUGCUUUAGAAAUAUUGGAGCAAGUGCAAGAUAUAGAUGCUAUUCUAGUUCCGACAGGAGGAGGAGGCUUAUUAGCAGGUGUUUCGGUGGCAGUAAAAAUGUUAAAUCCCAAAAUCAAAGUUAUAGGAGUAGAAUCUGACAGAUGUGCAAGUUUCUCAAAAGCUAUAGCAAACGGAGGUCCUCAGUCUACAAUAAUAGAAGGCACCUUAGCUGAUGGUUUAGCGGUUCCACAAGUUGGUUAUAACGCGUGGGAGACCUGUAAAAACCUUUAUGAUAAAAUGGUAGUUGUGAGUGAGGAAUGGAUAGCGCUGGCCAUAUUGAGAUUUAUAGAAAAUGAAAAAAGUGUGGUUGAAGGAGCUGGCGCGUGUGGGUUGGCAGCCAUACUAGCUGGUCAGUUAGAAGAGUUAAAAGGGAAAAGAGUGGUAUUAAUCCUCAGUGGUGGUAACAUAGAUACAACUAUCCUUGGAAGGUGCUUAGAAAGAGGGCUGGCAGCUGAUGGAAGAUUAGUUAAAUGCCGAGUAACAGUAAGUGAUCGACCUGGUGGAAUAAAUGAACUUUGCAAACUUUUGGGAUCUAUUGGAGUCUCUAUUAAGGACAUACUUCAUGAACGAGCUUGGAUUGCUUCUGAUGUAUUUAGUGUUGAAGUAAUAGUCGUUUGCGAAACAAGAGAUUAUUCUCAUAGUGUUGAGCUUUAUAAUCUGCUGCAAUCAAAGUAUGAGAAAUUUAAAUUUGAGAAUUUUCCCGAGAGAGAUAGACUGGGUAAAACUUGUAAAAUUUUACCUAUAAAAUCUAAACUUUAAAACGAUUCUCAGGAUAUAAUGUUAAAAAUGUGAUACGUGUUUUCAGUUAGUUUUAAUGUAUAAGGAAAAUAGUUUUAUGACCUGACACUUGAUUUUAUUUGUACAUUUUUCAUAAAUACAUUUUAUUUAAAAUGAUA